AAUAACAACAACGCGAAUAAUACAACAAAGAAUGAAAUCGAUGAUGCGUCGGUAUACAGAUUACCAAAAAAUAUAGUUCCGAUUUCUUAUGAUCUACGAAUAUUAACAAAAUUGGCUGCAAACGACUUUCUGUAUGAAGCCGAAGUUCGGAUAACGCUCGACGCAUUGGAAAAGACAAAUACGAUAGUAUUACAUGCUCAUAAGCUAAGAAUAGAUAAGGAUAAAUCUUUUCUAUACAGAGGAACCGAUAAAAUUUUGAUUCACGAUCAAUAUAUCGACACAAAUAGACAAUUCUAUAUCGUCAAAUGCAUGAAAUAUUUCGAAGUUGGACGGUAUACUUUGGUUCUUUCUUUUGUGGGAGAAAUCCAGGAUGACGUGUUUGGAUUUUAUAGAAGUUCCUACGAAGUGGAUGGACAAAAGAAAUGGAUUGGUAUAACUCAAUUCUCACCUACAUACGCUCGACAAGCGUUUCCGUGCAUGGACGAACCACAUUUAAAAGCGACAUUUACAAUAAGCAUUGGUCAUUAUUCUAAUCAAACGGCCACUAGUAAUACCAAUAUAGAAAAGAUUGAGGAAGUCGAUACAUUUUAUCGUCUGACAACGUUCCUGACUACUCCACGGAUGUCGACGUAUCUCGUCGGAUGGUCGGUACAUGAUUAUGUAGUCGAAAUUUCAGAAUCCUCAAAAGAUUUUAAGAUCUGGACGAGAGACAGCAUGCUAUCGUACGGUAGCCUCGCUUUGAAUCAAGGCUGGUUAAUUUAUACAGCUUUACAAAACUGGAUGGAAGUAGAAAAUCCUAUUAAAAAAAUGGAUCAAUUUGCCAUAGCUGAUUUCAAUUUUCACGCUAUGGAAAAUUGGGGUAUGAUAACGUAUCGUGAGUCGGUAGUUCUAUUUCAGAAUGGAACAAUUCCAAUGAGAAAAAUGGUUGAUGGCUUGGUUACUAUGGCACAUGAAUACUCGCACACGUGGUUCGGGAAUUUGGUAACGCCAGAAUUUUGGAAUGUCGCUUGGUUAAAAGAGGGUUUUGCCUCGUAUUUCCAAUAUUUAGGACUCUCUUUGGUACAACCAACAUGGAAAAUGAUGGAUAUGUUUGUCGUUGAUUACGUUCAACCUACUCUUCUCUUGGAUUCUGUGAAUCACAAUAGAUCCAUGAACGGUAAAAACGUCGGAAGUCCUAGCAGUAUCAUGGCUACGCUAGAUUUUGUUACUUAUAGAAAAGGAGCGUCCAUAAUUCGAAUGAUAAAACAUGCGAUUGGUGAGAAUGUCUUUCAGAAAGGAUUGCGACAUUAUUUAAGUGAAAUGUCGUAUCGAGUUGCCAGACCAUACGACUUGUAUAAUUAUUUGCAAAGAGCUAUUGAUUCGUCAUCGAAUAGCACUAAGAACUGUAAAUUUGUCAAGGACGUUUUCGAAUCUUGGGCAAAUCAAGUGGGAUAUCCUUUGAUAACGAUAACGCGAAAUUAUACAAAACAUUGGGCAUUGGUAUCUCAAGAACGAUUUUAUCUUAAUCGAAACACGAGAAAACUGAACGACAAUGACGAAGAACACACAUGGUGGAUACCUCUGACCUUCGCUACGAGCUCGUCUAUUAUCGAUUUUCGAAGGACUCGGCCGAAGCUCUGGCUAUGUCCUUGGGAUAAGAGGACGAUGAUUUCGAACUUUCGCGACACCGAUUGGGUGCUCUUCAACGUCCAGCAAAUCGGAUUCUACCGAGUCAAUUACGAUGAGACCAAUUGGAAGAUGCUUAUUGAUCACCUCAGAUCAAAGGAGUUUAUCUCCAUUCCCUCGGUGAACCGUGCGGCUCUCCUCGACGAUGCUUUUAAUCUGGCAAGAGCAGGAUAUAUAGAUUAUUCGAUUCCAUUCGACUUGUCCAAGUAUCUUAAGAGAGAGACGGACUACGAGCCUUGGCUCGCCGCCGUUAAUAAUUUCAUGUUUCUCAAUCGAAUCUUGAAUAAAGUAUCGAAGGUUCAUACAGCGUUCCAGAAAUACGCGGAAAAUCUGAUUUUACCUAUUUACGAGUUAUUGGGAUUCAUGGAGGAUUCGUCCGAUAACGUCCGGACGAAACUUCAACGGGAGAUAAUAUUAUCGGCCUCGUGCGCGCUCAAUAACGCUCACUGCCUCGAGACAUCGAAAAUAUUAUUUAAUUCGUGGAUAUCGUCAUCGAAUGAAACAAUAUUACCUGAUUUGAAAAGUUUCGUCUAUUGCAUUGGCAUACGUACAGGGAAUGACAAGGAUUGGCUUACAAUGUGGAAAAGAUUAUUCGACACAGACUUACAUAUCGAACAAGAACUUUUACUGUCUGCACUCGGAUGUAGUCGAAAUCCUAUUUUAUUGAAUAAAUACCUGAACGUAUCGAUUACUCGAAAUUCGAGAAUUCGUAAGCAGUACAGAUUUUCGAUAGUUACUGCUGUUACGAAGGGUAAUCCAGAAAACGUCGAUCAUACUUUAGAAUUCGUUGAAAACAAUCUCGGAAGCAUUAUUGAUUCACAAGGAUACGAUUUUUUAGGUAAGAUGUUUAUUUCUAUAGGAGAGCAUAUGACAACUAUGGAACAGACAAACAAGCUUCGUCGUUUCAUCGAUCAAAAUAUAAAACGUCUAGGAUCAGCCUCGAAAGCAGCAAAGAAAGCAAUUGAUUCUGCUAUUGAAAAUGCUAAGUGGGUUGGAAAAUAUGCGCCUCUCAUUGCUAUAAAUGUUUGGCUUUCAAUAAGCAAUCAUCGAUACGAGGGUCAUAACGACAACUCUCUUCAUUUCCAGUCUAUCUUAAAGAAGAAAGAACCGUUACUUUUUGCCAAAAUGGCUUUCUUGAGAGUGUUAGUUCCGUUGGCAUUAUUCGUGGUAAUAACUUUGGCUGAAUAUCCAUCACCGAAUACAUUCCUGGAUAACGAAGUUAUCCAGUAUGAGGAAAGUAAAUCAAGUUCUGAAGAAAGCAAAAAAUCUAAGGAUUUCAAGCCUUUUAUUGAUAUAGAAAAUUCUAAUUAUGCAGAAAACACAAUUUACAAAUUGAAUAAUAAGUUUCAACCAGAUCAUUAUGACAUUCGAUUAAAAAUAAACUUAACGAAUUUAAGUGAAAAGAAUUUCAAAUACCAGGGAGAGGUUAAUAUAACUAUAAAAAAAGUAAAUAAUACGAAUAUUCUGACAUUAGAAGCGACGAAGGAACUCAGUAAGUUACAAAAAUACGUUAUAAAAUUAGAAUAUGAAGGAAGACUAAGCGAUAAGAAUUAUGGAUUUUAUAAGGGCUCUUACUUAAAUUCUGAAGGCAAAAUAAGAUGGUAUGUUGCAACACAUUUUGAACCAAUCGGUGCACGAAGUGUAUUCCCGUGCUUCGAUGAACCAGCUUUAAAGGCAACCUUCAAUAUUUCGAUAAUAUAUAAUAAGGGAUACAAAGCGAUCUCGAAUAUGAAUGGAGAAACGGUCCCAGUGGAAGAUGAUCAACAAAUGACAAGUUUCGAAAGAACUCCAAAAAUGUCUACCUAUCUCGUAGCAUUCGCAAUAACUGAUUUUGAAUCGACUCCGAAAGAUAAGGUAACAGUUUAUUCAAGACCUGAAGCAAUAAAUAUGACCAAAUACGCUGUAGAAGUUGGUAAGGAAGUGUUGGUAAAAUUGGAAAAAUAUACUGGUAUCGAUUAUUCAUCUACAAUUGGAAAGAUAGACCAAAUUGCUCUACCUUUAUUAUCACCGGGUGCAAUGGAAAACUGGGGUCUCGUGACGUACAGAGAAACCACCAUUCUCUAUGACAAGGAUGUAAAUACAACUAUCGAGAAGCAACGAGUACCGGAUAUAAUCGCUCAUGAGUUUGCACAUCAAUGGUUUGGAAAUUUAGUCACUCCUGCAUGGUGGGAAGAUAUUUGGCUUAACGAAGGUUUUGCCACUUAUUUCCAAUACUUCAUCGUCGAUCAAAUCAAUCCUGACUGGCGUUAUAUGGAUCAAUUUAACGUACUAUCUCUUCAAAGUAGAGCAUUUGUUUAUGAUGCCAAUGGAAAAAAGACACGAGCUAUGAAUAGCAAAGAAAAGAAUGAAAAUGAAAUUGAAAAUUUAUUUGACAAUAUUGCUUACGACAAAGCCGCUGCUGUCAUCCACAUGUUCUCUCAUGUUCUUGGAAAGAAAAAGUUUCAGGAGGGUUUACAAGAGUACCUUAAUUAUCAUUGUCGUAAAAAGAAAUGUAGAAUUCGCGAUUUAGAAAUUCCUAUUUUUUACUUUAGAAAAAGCGAUGUAGUGACUUCGGAAGUACUUUACAAAUAUCUCGAGCUUGUCGCAGACAAGAAGACUCUUCCAGAUAAAGUUACCUUGCAGCAGAUUCUUGAAAGUUGGGUCACCCAACCCGGAUAUCCAGUAAUUUCGGUGACUAAGGAUAAAAAAGAAAAGAAGGUCACCAUAGAACAAAAACAGUUUUAUUUGGUAGAACCUGUAAAAAAAGAGACGAAGUGGUAUAUUCCUCUGAACUAUGUACAACAGGAAAAAGGGAAUUUCGAUGAUACUUCCGUUAUGUUAUGGUUGACACCUGACCAGAAGUCGAUAGAAAUUACAAAUAAUAUCGAAAGCGAAAGUUGGAUUAUCUUCAAUGUGCAACAAACCGGAUAUUAUCGCGUCAAUUACGAUGAGGAAACAUGGAACAAUAUCAUUGAUUACAUGAAACGUAAUUUCACGCGUAUACAUCCCUUGAACCGUGCUCAAUUGAUCGACGACGCUUUUAAUUUGGCACAAGCUGAUCUUUUGAACAUCAAAAUCACUUUGAAUUUAAUCAAGUACUUAGAACAAGAAACUGAUUACAUCGUAUGGAAGGCAGCAUUCAACGGGUUGUCGAAGUUGAACAACCUAUUGGGGGGAACAAAAUUAAACAACGAAUUUUUGAAAUUUGUUAAUCCUAUUACUAAGAAAUUAUUGGACACUGUGAAGUUUCUUGAAAAUAAAAAUGAUACACAUCUAACAAAGCUUCUCAGGGUGGAUGCCGUAAAAUGGGCUUGUGACACUGAAUAUGAACCUUUCAAAACACAUGCUACGGAAAAAUUCAAUCUGUGGUUAAAAGAAACUAAAAAUGUUAAUACUAUUUCUCGAGAUUUGAAAAAAAUAAUUUUCUGUGGGGCCUUAAAGAAAGCCAACGUAAGUAGUUGGUCAUCUAUAUUGAACAAAUAUAUACUAUCUACGGAUUCUGAAGAGAAGGCAGUAUAUCUUUCAUCCUUGGGAUGUUCCUCAUCACCAGAGAUUUUGAAGAAAUUUCUCCAUAUAGCUGUUCAGAAAGAUUCUAAUUUCAAGGGAUACCUCCCGGAAGUUUUCCGAACAGUAUACUCCAACAGUGCCAUUGGCGCAAAAAUUGUUCUUAAUUUCAUUAACACGAAUCUUAAUAAGUUGCAACUCUAUGACAAUAAGGAGAAUAUAAUGAAGUACCUUACCGAUCUUGCAAAGAAAAUUGCUAUUGAAGAAGAUGUCAAGAUGCUAAAAGAUAUUAUCUCUCAACUAAAGGACGCAACAUCGGAGGCCGAAUUAAACGAAAUUUUGGAUAUUGCAAAUAGGAACUACUUUUGGUACAAAUACAAUGAUAAAAACCUUCAGACGUUGUUCGAAGAAAACAAUUAUUCAAAACCAACUUCAAAACCAAAUAGUGCUAAUUCUCUUAGCUUUAGCAUUGCUCUAAUAGCUGUAUCUUUAUUAAUCGUAAGACUUCGUUAACAAUCUUUUUAAUUUUUGCAUUAUUUCCACGAAAUAUAAGAGAUAAUAAAAACACCACUUCAUCGUGUGCUCGCCGAUUCUACAUACGAAACGUAUUGUCGUUUUAGCUACUUUUCAUUUCUUGAUUCUUAAUUUCUUAAUUCCUUUUUUGUAUAUACAUACGUAAAGAAAGAAAAUGUUACUAGUUAUUAAUGUUGAAAAUUAUUUUGAAAAAGAUAAACUGAAGAGACCUGCACAAAGUUAUCUAGUUAAUUAAAUUAAUAACAAAUGGUAUAUAAAAUUAUAUCUAUUAUAUAAAGCAUUGACAUAAUAUAUGUAUGUACACAUAUAGGUAUGUGUAUAUAUGUACAUAUAAAUGCAUGUACGUUGUAUACGAAGUUCCAUAAUAUGAUUGUAAAUACCUGCUUGUUAAGCAUUUAUAUUUAUAUUAUUUAACUUAAUAAAUGACUAUUAUUUUACUUA